UUCAACACGCAGUUAGGGCAAAUUCCCUCCAAAAUAUUAUUUACUUCUCGGUUCGAUCGUAUUGUGGUAAUUUGUUGCUUUAAUCAACCAACUUCAUCCCGGAUUUUUUGCCAUCAAUGGCAACUGCAGUCGAUCAUAUCGAUAGCCAAGAAAAACUGAGGUCAAACUCAGAAGUUAACCCAAAUGUUAAGUUUGAACUUGAAAAACUAAAUGCUGCAACAGAUGGAAUCAAUCAUUUGGAGACAGAAUAUGAUGAAGCAAAAGCUUUGAUGCAAAGAAUGGUGACCGAAGCCUUAGACCUUUUGAGUGUCAGUGCAAAAAAAGUUGGUGACUCCAAUCUUAGAAAAGCAAGAGUUUACUUUGAGCUGCAAGAAAAUAUUCUUAAGGCUGAAGAUGAACUACGCGAGGCUCAAAACUGGUGUGAAGAUAUGGAGAGAUGUGUUUCAGAAGCCAAAAGUCGAGUCCGUGAAAUCGAAAAAGUUGCUUUGUCUUCUGAAAGCAAAGCUAUCGAUCCAUUAGUCCAGGAAGAAAUUAAUCAAGCAAAUAUUGAGUUUGCCAAGGCUGUAAAUAGAAGAAACGAAUACGAGAAGAGAAAAGUAGACUGUUUGAAGAUAUAUACAGAUUUAAAAAAGCAGCAAGAAAAUUGCAAGAAGAAAGCUGAAAAGGCUGUUAAGAAAUCCAGAUCCUACUUCGAUUUAAAGGACACAUUAUACAACAGAUUAGAGCAACAAAGGGAACGUGUUGAGAAAAUUGGAGAAGGUAUCUGCUUUGCAAAGGAGCAAUACUCUGAAGUUUUAGGAAAUCUAGAGAACAUUAGCGAGGAGAUACAUCGGAAACGUAAACACCGCUCAGAUUGCAAAGAGGGCGCUUCAAAUGAGAAUUUUCGAAAGUCAAUGAAUGAAGCAUCGUUGAAUGAAACAGAGAUGCAAAAACUAACUGAAUAUAUGACUAAACCUGAUAGAAAAAGCAGUUAUAGAGAGGAUCCUGCCAACGUUGCUGAUGAUAAUCAAAGUUAGAUUAUAUGUGUUUUUAAACGUGAGUUUUCUUCAUCGUUAUGGUGCUUAUACCUUAUGGUAAAUAUUUUGUUCUAGAUUCCUUCCUGCAGUACAUAAACACGUUGUCGCUGUAGAUUUCGCUCAAUGAAGUAAACUCAAAAACUUUUUGUUUGUAAAAAGAUAUGUAGCCGUUCUUAACAUUGAGAUAUAGUGUGAACAGAUAGAGUGUUAUUUAUUUUUUUCGAUUAUAGUUUUUGAUAAUAGCAAAUGUCGAAGUUUAUUGCAUUUCACGUGGAAGGUCUUUAUACCACUGCCCCAACGACCAACUCCAAAUCCUAACAGCAAAACUAGCAGUUUAUGUAAAGAAGGACAAAAGCAGGCAUUUUAAAGGUUAAUAUCAGGCAUACAGCAGAAGGUUUUCAUCUUUAUAGUAAUGAUAAGGUUUUAGAUUACGAUCAUUUUUAUCCUAUUUUUUAUUAAAUUUUGUACAUUUUUAUGAUUUUCUGUUCGAAUUAGAAUUUCUGUUCGUUUUUUUAACAAUUAAAUUUAUAGCUAAACGGCACUGCUAGAUAAUUGUAGAGAAUCAUUGUUUUGCAUGGCAGGCCAACAUCUAGAUUCUGUUAAAAGACUUUGACCAUAGAUAAGACUUAUUUUCUUCGCAAUUUGUGAAAUCCUGUCAUAUUGAAAACAUGUAGGAUCAGAGACUGCCCGUCGUGGGUAAUAAUAAUAGGUUCCCCUUUGCAGAAAAUUUAUUUUCUGAUAAUAUUAUUUGCACUUUGUUUGGAUGUUCCAAUCAAUAUGAAGGUGUGCAAAUGUCCCUUAAUGGAAGCUUAUUUUAGUUGGCAACGCCCUUUGAUUCAUUCAGCUCAUAGAUCGUUUUACACACGUGUGUUAAUGUUUCGAUAAAAAGCCUUAUGUUUUGCUGUUGUUUGAAAGAAACAUAUUUGUUUGGAUGUGACAGAACGUAAAACGGAAUUCGUUAAGUGGCCAUCGUAAUCUCGAUACCACCCUCUUAUAGCUUGAGUUUUGUAAUGGAGCAUGGUAGGUGAGGUUCAGUGGCGUGAUUUUAAGGUGCCUUUGUCAGUAGUCAAAUCGGAUUGAGAUGUGUUAUGUCUUUUAGUUGACUCUGUUAGUAAUGUGUCACAUGUUAAUUUUUUAUGAACGCUCUUAUGCUACUAGUCGUAAAAUUUUGAUUUCAGAACAUGAUGCUAUAUUUUUUAACUAGUCAAUUAUAAUUCGUAUAUUUUCUUAUGAAAUUAAAUUCAAAUUUUGAUGAGGAUGAUUUCAAGUUAUCCAUGUUUGUUUAUACCAUUAGAAAAUUAUAUUUUUACUUAUAAUUGUACAGCUAAAGUAUUAUUUUUAUCAAC